AUGGAGAUGUCUGUUAUAAAACCCACUCAACCUCAGCCAUUUCAGCCCAAGACAUUCAAGAACGUUACCGCAACAACAUCUUCUCCGGCUGGCAAAAAGACAACAACCACAAAAUCUCCACAUUUCAACGCGAGUGUCCCCCGCGACGUCGAACUCGCUGACAACAGCGAGAAUGGAUCUCACCGCGAAAUGGCCAUCGACUGUCCACUAAAUUUUGUGGAGUUCAAGAAGGAACCUCCCAGGUACCCACGGCCACUCUCAUUGAUUCAGAACACGUCACUUCUGAACAACGGCAACAAUCCAAACAGUAUUAUCAUCAUUCCCAACCAGAACAACAAAGGUGAUGCAGACUUCAAUUACGAGAAUGAGAUGCCAUCAAGUGUCAGCUUCGUCUCAUCUAAAAAUGAAGGCGGCACUCAAAUGCAACAGAACAAAAUGAAAAAAUACAAAGAAGACCUGCAAAAACGUAAAGAACAUGAAGAGAAAAUUCAGAAGGAACAAGAAUUUUUGCGAACGUCAUUAAGAGGUUCAAAAAAGUUGCUGGAACUCAAAGAACCCAAAAACAAGCCGUCCACGUCAUCAGGGACGCCGGGCUCCUCUGCUGUGCCGGGUAUAUUUAAUCCAAACUACGUUUCUGAAGAGGAAUUGAACAGAAGCAGGUUGAAACCAACACUCAUCAGCAAUCAAAUAGGAAUUUUCAAUAAUUCACUCAAUGUUCUUUAA